AUGUCAUCCGGCAAAGAUUCUUCCGACCGUACCCUAGCGUACAUGCCCCGUAAGGACACGGAAGUGAGGCUUCCACGGACGACGCGUGUCAAGAACAAGACUCCCGCGGCCGUGCAAAUCACGGCGGAGCAGAUUCUACGAGAAGCUCGAGAGAGGCAAGAGGCUGAGAUCCGUCCACCGAAGCAGAAGAUCACCGACUCUACUGAGCUCUCCGACUACACGCUACGACGUCGUAAGGAGUUUGAAGACCAGAUAAGGCGCGCGAGAUGGAACGUCCAAGUUUAUGUCAAAUACGCGGAGUGGGAAGAGUCUCAAAAGGAUUACGCGCGUGCUCGGAGCGUGUGGGAACGCGCCAUAGAAGGAGACUACAAGAACCAUACGCUCUGGAUCAAGUACGCAGAGUUUGAGAUGAAGAACAAGUUUGUCAACAGUGCUAGAAACGUUUGGGAUCGUGCUGUCACGUAUCUCCCUCGUGUGGACCAGCUUUGGUACAAGUAUGCUCACAUGGAGAAGAUGCUCGGGAACUUCGCUGGGGCUAGACAUGUAUUCGAGAGGUGGAUGAACUGGUCACCUGAUCAAGAAGGUUGGCUUUGUUAUAUCAACUUCGAACUCAAGUUUAAUGAAUUCGAACGUGCAAGAUCCAUCUACGAGAGAUUUAUUCUUUGCCACCCAACCGUUUCUGCUUAUAUUCUAUAUGCAAAGUUUGAGAUGAAGUGUGGUCAGGUUGAGCUUGCUAGGAAGGUUUACGAACGUGCCUCAGAGGUUCUUGGAGAUGAAGACGAAGAAGCUGAGAGUUUCUAUGUGGCGUUUGCUGAAUUUGAAGAAAGGUGCAAGGAAGUAGAGAGGGCUAGGGGUAUCUACAAGUAUGCUCUUGUUCAUAUCCCUAAGGAAAGAGCUGAGGCUUUGUACCAAAAGUUUGUGGCCUUUGAGAAACAGUACGGUGGCAAGGAAGGUAUUGAAGAUGCCCUUAUUGGGAAGAAGAGGUUUGAGUAUGAAGAGGAAGUGAGGAAGAACCCUUUGAACUACGAUUCCUGGUUCGAUUACCUUAGGCUAGAAGAAGAAGAAGAGACUUGUAUUGGGAACAAAGAUAGGAUUAGGGAAAUCUAUGAGAGGGCAGUUGCUAAUGUUCCACCUGCCGAGGAGAAACGAUAUUGGCAAAGAUACAUCUACCUCUGGAUUAAUUAUGCAUUGUAUGAGGAGAUUGAAACUAAAGAUGUGGAGCGUACACGCGAUGUUUACAGAGCAUGCCUGAAGCUUAUCCCACACACCAAAUUCUCUUUUGCCAAAAUAUGGUUGCUCGCUGCACAAUUUGAAAUCAGGCAAUUGAAUCUCACCGGUGCGCGGCAGAUAUUGGGAAAUGCGAUUGGAAAAGCUCCAAAAGACAAGAUAUUCAAGAAAUACAUUGAGAUGGAGCUCCAGUUGGCAAACAUAGAUAGAUGUAGAAAACUAUACGACCGGUACCUUGAGUGGUCUCCUGAGAAUUGCUAUGCUUGGAGAAGCUAUGCUGAGUUUGAGAUGUCUCUUUCUGAGAAAGACCGCGCUAGAGCUAUUUUUGAACUUGCAAUCUCUCAGCCUGUUCUAGACAUGCCCGAGCUACUUUGGAAGAGUUACAUUGAUUUUGAGAUAUCAGAAAAGGAGUUUGAGAGGACACGAGUUUUAUAUGAGCUACUUUUGGACCGUACAAAGCAUUACAAGGUGUGGGUUAGCUUUGCAAAAUUUGAAGCUUCUGCUGCUGAACACAAAGGUGAAGAAGACCAAGAAGAAGAAGCUGCUACUGAAACCAAAAAAGACUGCAUCAGACGCGCCAGAGCCAUCUUCGUGAGAGCCAACGCCUACUACAAAGACUCCGCACACAAAGAAGAGCGUGCUACUCUUUUGGAGGAUUGGGUUAACAUGGAGACGGGCUUUGGUAGCCUCGGGGAUGUUAGUGUCGUUCAGUCGCUUCUCCCAAAGAAGCUCAAGAAAAGAAAAGCCAUCAGUACAGAAGACGGUUCUACAGAGUACCAAGAAUACAUUGAUUAUUUGUUCCCAGAUGAGUCACAGACGACCAAUCUUAAGAUUCUUGAAGCUGCUCACCGAUGGAAGAAGCAGAAGGCUGGGGAAUGCGUCUAA